AUGAUACGACUAAGAACCUGCGAGGAAGACCGCGCGGGAACAGUAGACGCCAUUUUUGUUGUUGGAACCGAGAGCAGAGGCGAUGGUUCUGUUCGCCCGCGUGACCAGCAAGUUGAAAAACCGCCCACAAUUGAUCGAAUAUGGGGUAUAUAUAGAGGGGUGGGAGACGUCUCUCUACCAGUCCAGCUUAUUCGAGCGAAGUGGAAAGCCACGAUGAAGACGUUUGCUCCUGUUGGCUUCCUGUUGCUUCUGAUCCCCUUCUGUCAUGGGAGGAUCCUCAACUCCCUGCACACAGAGGCGAGUCAGUGGCGUAAGUUACCUUGCCCGAACCCCGAUGAUAUCCUGCCUUGUAUAUGCACCGCGGACGAGGAUAAUCAAAUGGACUUGGACUGUUCGCGAGUAGCGAGCGAGGACGAACUGGAGAGAGUGUUUUCGUCGACCUUUCCCUUCAGUACUUUCCGAAACUUGACCGUCGUUGAUAACGCCUAUCUGAAGACCCUGAAGAACCAAUCCCUCGGCAUCGCCUCCUUCACGGGCGUGUACAUCAUGAACAGCGUGCUGGAGGUGGUGGAAUCCCACGCCCUUGUGAACAGCUUUGGCACAGCUCAGGUGAUCAACAUGCAGAAUAACUCAUUGUCUUCGUUUCCCUUCGAGACCGUGUUCUCUUUCAGCAGCCUCGUGGAGCUCGACCUCAGCGACAACCAACUGACUUUUCCUGCCAUCGGGUCCGAGUCGCUGCUCACGCUCGACCUGUCCAACAACCAGGUCGACGACGUCUCCGCCACGGCCUUCUCAGCUACGCCGGAAAUCUCGGAAAUCAAUCUCGGAGGAAACCAAAUAAGCCAAAUUCCUACAGGCACCUUCGCGGGCCACCAUAACUUGUACCACGUGAACCUCGAAUCGAACGCGCUGACCUACCUUCCCGAGGGCGCCAUACAGCUGACCUCCAGCAGUGAGGGGACCGUCAUUCUGCGGAAUAACCAGAUCGCAGAUGUUGCUGUCAAUAGCAUAACAGAUGUAUCCGGCGGCAACGUGGACAUCAGCAACAACGUUUUGAAGGCUUUGAACGAGGACGUCUUCCGACCUAUUCUGGCUGAAGGCACGGCUCUCGACAUCAAAGGGCCGGAUUAUAACCUUUUGGGGCCCCUAGACAACCCGUUGACCUGCGGCUGCGACAUCGCGUGGCUGAUCCGCGACGAGAACCUGCUGAAGCUGGUGGCGGAGGGCGCUGCCUGCUACGACGAGGAGCUGCUCGUCGACCUCGACCCCGGGAUGUUCGACGCCCUGGGAUGCCCCUAG